UGCUUUUAUCAUCGGUGACUGCGACCGAUUGCGAACCUUGCUGAGCGAAUUCAAAUCCUUCAGAUUAAGUGAUGUUGAGAACGACAAAAGUGUGCAGCAAAGUCGUCUGGAUUUACGUUUAGAAGAGGUGAAAGACCAAUCUGGAAAUACACUUUUACAUCUCGCCGUCCUUCGAUGUCUGCGUCAUCGCCUCGGAGAUAAUCAGACGAGACAAACUAUUGCAACCAAUUGUAAAUUUUUUGAAAUUUUGCUGUCAAAUUCAGAGUGGAAGACGUCGUUACUCUCCUCCAGAAACAAUGAUGGGCAAACGCCUUUGCAUUUAUUCCAUGUCCAACCAAUAAAAACAUAUUCAAGUCCGUUCAUGAAGUCCACAAUCGCUCUGAUCUACGGAACCGAGAAGCCUUCGAAACGAAUAAAUCCAGUCGAGCAUAAAAGUUAUGUGGAUUCAUUCUUCCAAUUUGCAUUUCCACCAGAGCUUGACCACCAUAAUUUCGGUGAACAAGGUAGCAUUGGUAGCAAUAACUCAGCAGUAAUUAGGAAUGAGUUGUUAGAUCUCGUCGACGGUGACAACUUUACUGCGUUACAUUUGGCCGUGAAAAGUAAAUGUUCGCACUGCAUACAACAAUUACUGAAACGUGGGGCAAGUUUCAAUAUCAACUCUAACCAUACAAGUUUUCCUUUCGUGACACCCUGCAUUUUCCAUCAAGAUCCAUGGGCAUCAAAUGCUUUAGAACAGCAACUUAAUGCAAAUAUAAAUUUUGACGACUUUUAUGAGGAAUCUGGAAUUGGAGUCGACGAGGAAGAUGAAUUACAGGAUAAUGAGAAUAUUAAUCCCAAUAGAACGAGAUUUGGAAUUUCCUUUGAUUUUUGUGGUAUCGUCCCAAAGCGUGCAGUCAAUUCAAGCAAGCCUGAAAGAGAAAUGGAAUUUAUUGAAACAUUUUUAAACGAUGAUAGCCCAAUCAAAAAACAAAUUUUGGGACAUUCUCUGGUCGCAAGUUUUGUUUUCCUUAAAUGGGAACGAGUUCGGUGGAUGUUCGUAUGGUCCUUUCUUUUUCAUAUUGGCUUCGCAAUACUCUAUACGGUUUAUACCAUGUCAGUUUAUUUGUGGUCAUGCCCGUACCAGGCAGAUAAUUCUACCAAACGAACUCCUAACAUAACGUUAAAUCCUCUCGAAUCACGUCUUCACCGUCAGUGUGACAAAGGACUGGGGGCAUUCGAAUUCUCCGUGACAUUGUUGGUAGGAGCCUUCAUUUUGGGAUUGUUGGAAUUGGCAAAAAUUAUUCAAAACUUCCCAGAAUAUCGACGUCAGUGGCAAAAUCUGUUUCAAAUUUGUAUGAUAAUUUCCAUGUGCUUGUCCGUAUGGCCAGUAAGAUGGACCGAUUGCCAAUGUCUUGUAGGAUGGCAAUAUUCGGCUGCGGCGUAUGGAACUUUUCACGUCUGGUCCACACUGUUAAUUAAUAUGGGACGAUUUCCAAAAUUGGGAAUUUAUGUAGAAAUGUUUGGAAAGGUUCUGGAAAACUUUGGAUAUUUCAUGGCUGCCUACGUCUUCCUAUUGAUUGCAUUCUCAAUCUCAUUUUGCGUUGUCUUCCCUGACUAUCCCCCAUUCGAAACAAUACCUCGAGCAGUGCUUAAAGUGAUUACCAUGAUGUCUGGAGAGGUCGACUAUGGCGAUUUUUUCUACGGAGACCACAAAGGGCAGGAAGCACAGAGUUUCAUUUUCAAGAAAGACUCUGGCGACCUAAUUCAUCCCAUCACGAGCCACGUAUUGUAUGGGGCGUUUGUCAUUCUAGUCACAAUUGUGCUCACAAAUCUCCUCAUCGGCCUAGCUGUUGAUGACAUCAAGGGAUUGACACAAAACGCAGAGUUUACAAAGACCACUCGAGAAAUUGCUAACAUUGCGUAUGUCGAGUCCAUUAUUUUUUGGAGCGCAUUGCCCAAUAUUGGUCUGGUCCGAAAACUGAGGAAAUCCAUCGUCAUUGCCAGAUUUCCUAAGGAUGCCUGUAGUAGUGAGAAGAUUGAAAGUCCCAAGAGUGUUGGAAAAUUGAGAAAUAUCAAGAGGUAUUUUAGAGAGACGUUAAUGUCCCUAUUUUUCUGCGAACGAAAAGCGAACAUUAUAGACGCAGAACGAAGACGGUUAUCUUGCAGGACUUCACAAUUGCCAAAGUAUGGAUUCUGCAUAAGUCUUGAUGACUGCAAAUCUCCCCGUGACUUUCCCGAGGACAUUUACUUCAAAGCAGUGGAGAUCAUUAAACGACGGAACAAUAGUAUUAAUUCCAACAAUAAGAACAACUCAACAACAUCUACUAAUCGAAAUCGGCAUUGUCUCACUUGUCAAUGCCACACCAGCGCUUCGUCCAUGAUUUAGCUUGGUUAGAUGCAGCAAAAAGCUGAGCACAAUCCGUCUCACAGAAAUUGAGACGGGGCAAAUCAAGAUUUUGAGACGAAAUCGUAGUAUUUAUCAUGAAAUUGUUCUGCGUGGAUAUGGAUAUAUUAACGUGAAUGAACCUGCAUGAAUAAAAACUAAUUUAAAUCAAUA